GCGGGGCGGAAGUCCUUUGUUGCAGCAGCAGAGGGAGCAGCGCGGGUGGUUUCGACCUCCUCGGCCUCCGCUUCGGUCCCGCGCGGAGCCCCCGGACCCCGCUGGCCGCGCGGCGGGACUGUAAUCAGAAUACAAGAUGGCAAGUACCAGCCACAGCACAUAUGUCCUUCAGCAGCUAAAUAACCAAAGAGAGUGGGGGUUUCUCUGUGACUGCUGCAUUGCUAUUGAUGAUAUUUAUUUUCAAGCACACAAAGCGGUCUUAGCUGCCUGCAGCUCUUACUUUAGGAUGUUUUUUAUGAACCACCAACACACCACAGCGCAGUUGAAUCUCAGCAACAUGAAGAUCAGUGCUGAAUGCUUUGACCUCAUAUUACAGUUUAUGUAUUUAGGAAAAAUUAUGACUGCCCCUACCAACUUUGAGCAAUUUAAAGUGGCGAUGAACUAUCUACAGUUAUAUAAUGUGCCUGAAUGUUUAGAAGAUAUACAAGAUACAGACUCCUCUAAUUUAAAGUGUUCAUCAUCUGCUUCUAGUACGCAGAAUAGUAAAAUGAUAUUUGGUGUGAGAAUGUAUGAAGACACACUUACUAGAAAUGGCAGUGAAGUAAACAGGUGGUGUACGGAGCCACCAAGUUCAACUAUAAACACGUCCCAUAACAAAGAGCCGGAUGAAGAAGCUUUGCAUCUGGGCAGUUUCCCUGAACAACUGUUCGAUGUUUGCAAAAAAAGCACCAUGUCCAAAUUCUCCAACACAAAAGAUCGUGUGUCACAUUCACGCCGCUUUGGAAGAAGCUUUACCUGUGACAGCUGUGGGUUUAGUUUUAGCUGUGAAAAGUUACUGGAUGAGCAUGUAUUAACAUGCACUAAUAGGCAUUCAUACCAAAAUACCAGGUUUUAUGGUAUUGAAAAAAUUGACUUUAGUGAAAAAGACUCUACUUCUAAAAUACUGUCUGCACAAACAGAGAACUAUAAAGGGGAUACCAGUCAAGCAGCUGAUGACUCUUCAUCUCCAGUGUCAAAUAUAACAAGCAGAAAAAGUAGUAUAGUUGCAUCUGAGACAUCAGGUGAAGAAGGAAGUAGAGCCACUGAGAGGAAAAGGAUUAUCAUCAAGAUGGAACCAGAGGACAACCCGGAAGAUGAACUGAAAGAUUUUAACAUUAUUAAAGUGACAGAUAAAGACUGUAAUGAAUCUACUGACAAUGAUGAAUUAGAUGAUGAACAAGAAGAGCCACUUUACAGAUAUUAUGUUGCAGAAAAGAUCAAUGAAAAGAGACGUUCUCGAAAAACUCUAAAACCCCGGUUGUCUAUAGAUGAGAAUGCAAGAAAGUGUUUAAAAAACACAAGGCAUCUUAACAGGAAAGUCCCCCCAGUGCAGGAAGAUGCGGAGAAUGCUCCCUGUGAACUGUGUGGGCUAACAAUUACAGAGGAAGAUCUAUCCGCUCAUUAUUUAUCUAAACACAUAGAAAAUAUAUGUGCUUGUGGCAAAUGUGGCCAAAUAUUGGUCAAGGGUAGACAGUUACAGGAUCAUGCACAGACAUGUGGAGAACCCCAGGAUCUGACAAUGAAUGGUAUAAGAAAUGCUGAGGAAAAAAUGGACUUAGAAGAGAAUCACGAGGAACAGUCUGAAAUAAGGGAUAUGAUGUUUGCAGAGAUAUUGGAGGACUUCAGGGACAGUCACUUCCAAAUGAACAGUCUUCCAAACAAACAGUUAUAUAAGCAUUCUGCCUGUCCUUUCCGAUGUCCUAAUUGUGGUCAGCGUUUUGAAACUGAAACUCUAGUUGUUGAACAUAUGUCAAACUGCCUAGAGCAAGAUCUGUUUAAGAAUGCUAUUAUAGAAGAGAAUGAAAGAGAUCACAGACGCAAGCAUUUCUGCAAUCUUUGUGGGAAAGGAUUUUAUCAGCGUUGUCACUUACGGGAACAUUACACUGUUCAUACCAAGGAAAAACAAUUUGUUUGUCAGACAUGUGGAAAGCAGUUUUUAAGAGAACGUCAGCUGCGGCUCCACAAUGAUAUGCACAAAGGCAUGGCCAGUAGUGAAAUAGAGACAUCUAAGCUUCUGAAGAACUGAAAGAUCCAAGUUUGAAGAGGACUUAGGGGAGAAGCAGUCUGCAAAAGACUUCUUUAAACUCAGAACCACAAAUGCCAGACUUGAACUGGCACCAUCUUUGCCUUCCUGACAGACUACACCAGUUGGUAAUGGCACCAACAGCAGAGUCAAUUAGAGUGCUCAGUAAAAGCCCUUUGGGACUUGUCUCCAUAUUAUAUUAUAAAACUGACUUACUGGUGACUCUACUUGCAUCUCUGGAAAACAAACUGAAAUCUCAUCUCUAAGGGCAGACAACCAUAGGAGUCAUACGCUAGGUGUUGAAGACUACACGGAAAUGGGCUGGCAAGCCCUGCUAAUCACUUGCUGCAGUCCUUUUCUAAAAUAAAAAUUGCUAAGGUUGCCAUCAAAACCUUUAGACUUCUUAAAAAAUUUCAAACUUCAUCAAUACAAAUUACCAAUAUCUAAUUUUAAUAUAUUCAGGGCAACUACAACAAUAAAUUAAGAGUUAAAACAACAUCUAUGUUUGUUCUAGUCUGGAGAAUAAGGUAAAACCCCAAAAACUACAUGGGGCCAUGUGGAAAGAUACAACUGGCAUUGAGGCUCCCAGUCAAGAUAGGUUUCAGAGUCAAGAGAGGGACACUUUAAUUUGCCUGUUGCCUCCCUACUGCCAUCACCAAUUUCUGAUCUUGAUACUGAAGACCUGUGAGGCACAGUACUUGUAAGUGGGGGUAAAGAGAUAGUGCUGGAAUCCUAUUACAAGACUGGUGAAUUAAUGUGACAGACGGAUUGGCCGUGGACAUGAAUGUGAAAUAAUCGUCAAAGGAAACAGUAUGCACUUUGUUCUGUAUGCAAGCCUUGCGAGGCGGGCCUAAAGGAGAGAAGGAGCCAUUCAUUUUCUGACUCAAGCAUCUCAGCAUUCCUAAUAUUUCCAGCUAAAUUAAUGAGAAUAGAACACAGCAAGGCAUUCAGUGUUUAGCAUUCAGGGUUUGGACAGACUUAAAAAAAAAACAUUAAGCCUCCCCCCUACAGAUCAAAAUGGAUCAGAUUCAGACAUUUCAGUAGACUAAAAAUAUUCAUUUAGCAUUAUGUACUGCUAUAGCUUUGCAUCUCACUGAUUCUACUUGUGGCUGUAAAAAGAUGUUAUGCUUUUUUUUUUUUUAGCAAUAAUUGUUAUAUAGAGAAGUGUUUGUGCAUAUUUUUACUGAUAACUUGCAUUUGCUUACUUCUUUGACACGCUUAGCAUACUGUCUGUAUUGCUGCUUGUGCAGGCCAUGUGCCU